AUGCCUCUCAUUGCACAGAACCCUCAACCUCGAGUCAUCCUUGGUUUGAUGACCUUCGGACCCAACGAGUCCAAGGGAGCUCGCAUCACCUCUCUCGACGAGUACAACCGGUGCUUGGACUACUUUCAGCAGCAAGGUUUCAAUGAAGUCGACACCGCCCGCAUCUAUAUUGGCGGAGAGCAAGAGGCAUUCACAGCGAAGGCGAAUUGGAAAGAACGUGGCCUAACCCUCGCCACAAAAUGGUACCCGCAGUAUCCCGGUGCCCACAAGCCGACCGUGCUGCGCGAGAAUCUGGAGCUCUCUCUGAAGGAAUUGAACACCAAUCAGGUCGAUAUCUUCUAUCUUCAUGCGCCAGACCGCUCUGUCCCCUUCGCCGAAACCCUGGAGGCUGUCAAUGAAUUGCACAAGGAGGGCAAGUUUGUACAGCUCGGUCUGUCUAACUACACUUCGUUUGAGGUCGCAGAGAUCGUGACCCUCUGUGCCGAGAGGGGAUGGGUGCGCCCAACCAUCUUCCAAGCUAUGUAUAAUGCCAUUACCCGCAACAUUGAAACAGAGCUUGUUCACGCCUGCAGACGCUACGGUCUCGAUAUUGUGGUUUACAAUCCUCUUGCUGGGGGUCUCUUCUCCGGCAAGUAUAAAACCAAGGACAUCCCGGCAGAGGGACGAUACAGCGACAAGGUCUCUUCGGGACCCAACUACCGUAAUCGGUACUUCCGGGAUGCGAACUUUGAAGCCCUCAGCAUUAUCGAGCCUGUCGUUGAGAAGCAUGGCCUUACCUUGGUAGAAACGGCUUUGCGUUGGCUUCGUCAUCAUUCUGUACUCAACAUGAACAAUGGCAGCCGAGAUGGCGUCUUGGUCGGAGUGGGUAACUUUGCACAACUCGAGACGAAUCUCCAAGAUCUCCAGAAGGGACCCCUUCCUGAGGAAGUCGUGGAGGCUCUGGAUAAGGCAUGGCUGGUUGCGAAGCCUACUUCUGCGAACUAUUGGCACCUGGAUCUGAAGUAUACAUAUGACACCCAGGAGGCAUUGUUCAAGCCCAAGAAGGCCUAG